AUGGGGUACUGGUUGAACCAAGAUUGUCGUCAUUCAAUCACUCAAACUCAAAGUAAACGUUUGCAGCAUACAUUUUCUGAUAACAAAGCUAAUAAGCUUCCCUCGGAAUUUAACUAUCAAAUGGAGAAGUCUAAUUUGGCUCAAUUGCAAAAGUAUGCUUCCGACAAGGAAGUAAAUGCUGAUCCUAAAACCCAUGAAACCCUUGAAAAGUUGAUUGAAUAUCAAAAGAAUCGCAUAAAUCAAAUUGAAACUGAAGGAUGGCGUGCUUAUGCUCAAGCAACUAAUAUGGAACCUAUAGAUUUGAGUCCUCGUGGAGUAUUUAACUUGAAAGACCCUAAAUCUGUACGUACAAUGGGUACCAUGGCCCAAGCAUCGUUGGAACUCUUUAUUGAACAAAGUAAAGCCUAUAGCAAUAAGCCAUUUGACUUGAAAUCCCUUGCAGGGUCUACCAGACAAUAUUUGCAAAGGGUAACUGCCGAGUCUAUGGGAAUAGCAGAUUGGCAAGAAACUGUCGCCAUGUUGGGAGUUUUCUACUGUCUUUCAAACCAAUAUAAAGCUCUUAAUGAAUUGAAGUUUACCGAUAAGUUAGCCAAUCAAUGUUUAGAAGCAUAUUGUCAAAUUGAUAGUGAUUUACCUGAAAAUGAGUUAGCACAAGAAAUCGAAUCCAUUGCCAAUAAUCUUGAAGUUGAGUCUGAAUUAAUAACUGCAUGGUUUGCAGUGUUUGAUGUUUUUGCUCGAGUUCCUUUAGAACCAAUGUCUAAUGGUUUAUGUCCAAUUGAACGUUUCCUUAACGAAAAUGAUAAAGAUGCCAAUUUGGACCUGAUCCAAGGUAUUCAUAAUGCUACUGAAAUGUCAGAAUGGCUUAAAAAUUAUUCCGAUUUGACUUCUGAACCACCUAGUGAAUCGAGAUCGAACAUAUUUGCUUCCGAGACCAAUAAGCAUAAGACCUCUGCUUUUGAUAAAAACUUUAGCUUUCUCACGAACACUGCUGGAGGUGCCAGCGGUAAUGGUGGUAACAGUACUAAACCAAACGGUAAGAAUAAAAAAGGAAAUGAUAAAGGCAACAAAAAGAAAGAAAAUGAACCAAAAGUUUUCGAGCUUUCACUUGGUGGCCCUAACUUCCGUUAUUUCCAACUAGGCAUUUUUGGUGGUUUGCUCAUGUACUUCAUUUAUUCAAACGGUAAUGAUCAGGGCCAUGAAAUAUCUUUCCAAGAAUUUGUGACUAAAUUUUUAGGAAAGAAUUUAGUUUCCAAGUUGGUGGUUAUUAACAACCGUACGUGUGUCGUUGAGUUGAAUGAUGCCGGAAAGCAAGAAUACCCUGGAGAAUACUAUUUUACCAUUGGUCACAUUGAAACCUUCGAAUUAGGAUUGAGAGAAGCUCAAGAUAAGUUUGAAGUUGGUGAUGCACGCCGUAUUCCUGUUGCUUACGUUACUGAUGGGAACACGGGCAAAAUGUUGGUUAAUUUUCUUCCUACUUUGCUCUUCCUUGGUGCUAUUUAUUACAUGACUAAAAAGGCCCUGACAAUGGGUGGUGUUGGUGGUCCUUUUAACUUUGGUAAAUCAAUUGCCAAAAAGUUCAAUCAAGAAACAGACGUUAAGAUUAGGUUCAAGGAUGUUGCUGGUAUGGAUGAAGCAAAGGAAGAAGUUAUGGAGUUUGUGAAGUUCUUACAAAACCCUGAAAAGUAUGAGAAAUUAGGUGCCAAGAUUCCAAGAGGUGCUAUUCUUUCAGGUCCACCAGGUACUGGUAAAACUCUUUUGGCAAAGGCUACUGCUGGUGAAGCAGGUGUCCCAUUCUAUUCUGUAUCUGGUUCCGAGUUUGUUGAAAUGUUUGUUGGUGUAGGUGCUUCAAGAGUUCGUGAUUUAUUCAAAACCGCAAGAGAAAAUGCACCAUCAAUUGUAUUUGUUGAUGAAAUUGAUGCCAUUGGGAAACAAAGAUCCAAGGGUAACGCCACUGGAGCCAAUGAUGAAAGGGAAACAACUUUGAACCAAUUAUUGGUUGAAAUGGAUGGGUUUGAAUCGAGUGAUCACGUCGUUGUUUUGGCUGGUACAAAUCGUCCCGAUAUUUUGGAUAAAGCUUUGAUGAGACCUGGAAGAUUUGACAGACACAUAAACAUUGACAACCCUGAAUUACAAGGUCGUAAGGAAAUCUUCAAUGUUCACUUGCAUAAGAUCACUUUGGCUUCUGAUAUUGAUAAUGAUUUAUCUGGAAGAUUAGCUGCAUUAACUCCUGGAUUUUCAGGUGCGGACAUAGCCAAUGUUUGCAAUGAAGCAGCAUUGAUUGCAGCUAGAUUCAAUGCGGAUGCUGUUACUUUGAGACAUUUCGAACUUGCAAUUGAAAGAGUUAUUGGGGGAAUUGAGAAGAAGAAUAAGGUUCUUUCUCCAGAGGAACGUAAUGUUGUAGCUUAUCAUGAAGCUGGUCACGCUGUUUGUGGAUGGUACUUAAAAUAUGCUCAUCCAUUGUUGAAGGUUUCUAUUGUUCCUAGAGGUCAAGGUGCAUUGGGUUAUGCUCAAUAUUUACCACCAGAUCAACAUUUGAUGUCUGUACUUCAAUUAACGGAUCGUAUGAUCAUGACAUUAGCUGGUCGUGUUAGUGAAGAAUUGCAUUUCAAUAGUGUUACCAGUGGAGCUCACGAUGAUUUUAAAAAGGUUACUCAAAUUGCCCAAUCUAUGGUUUUACGUUUUGGGAUGUCACCUAAAGUUGGGUUUGUUAAUUACGCUGAUACUCAUCAGCAAGAUGAUUUAACUAAACCCUUUAGUGAUGAAACCAAUCUGAUUAUUGAUCUGGAAAUUAAAAGAAUUGUUGCAGAGGCAUAUACUAGUUGUAAGAAUUUACUUCAAGAAAAGAAAGCUGAUGUUGAAAAAGUGGCUCAAGAGUUAUUAAAGAAAGAAUUCAUUACUCGUGAAGAUAUGAUCAGAUUAUUGGGUAAAAGACCAUUCCCAGAAACAAACGAUGCCUUUGAUAAGUAUUUGGAUGGGAAGGAUGCAUUCAAGAAUGAGAAACCUAAGAAUGAGCAUAAAGAUGAUGAACCAUGCAAUAAGGAUUAA